GUUGGCGAGAGGCCGAUCGUAGAUGAAUCCGACGAGCAGCUCGCCCAGCAGGCCUGCACGGAGCAAUGUGUCGCCGACAUGACGAGGAACGUUGAGGAAGAGGAUGAAAGAUACAAGGACCAGCAAGGUCACAACAUCUGGCUCGUCAUAGGCGUUGGCAUAGCUGUCGAGGCUGAGCUCCAUAGGCUGGCCAUGCAGGCCAGGCAGCUGAGGGAGACCGCUAUCGAUAUGAAUGCAUCUCAAUGACGCGCGCACCGCCGUGCAGCGAGCCCGAGGCGUAUCAUCAGCGGUAGUGAAGCUCAGCGACGGAGGCGAGGGGCACGAGGAGCGAUAGGCUUGGUCAGACAAGCAGCAAUAGACACACAGCAGUGCACGAGGAGACAUACACGGUGCAUCAGCUGAUCCUAACGACGAACCCCUCGAGAUGACAUCGACACCCACGCAAGACGCCAUGAGACGACGCAAGUCGAGCGUACGUCGACCUUCGAUCUCGCUCGACAAGCUCAAGCCGAUGCAUCAAGCCGCUCCUCCUCGACAAGGUGAUGACUUCAACAUCCUGCUUUUUGGCGCCGGCGCUAUCAACUUUGGCACCGUAGAGGGCCCAUGGAAUCACAGCUUCCGUAUAGAGCAUAGACUCGGUCCGCGACUCAAGAUUGUCGGCCUCAUAGAUCCCUCGAUAGAUCGCGCCAAGGCGGCCAUCAAAGCCAAAUGUGACUCUUUCGUCCGCAGCGCCUACCAGGAUGCACUCAUCUGCGCAAGCUUUGACGACUUCGUCAAACGCGCUCAGCCUGGACAAUACCCUCAAGCUGCCAUCUUAGGAUCGCCGCCACAGUUCAGAGGAACCGACAAGCCGCCUUUCAAUAUUGAGGCGCAAAUCAUCAAGGCCUUUCCAGAGAUCGGCCUCUUCAUCGAGAAGCCGGUCUCGACUGGCCCUGUAGAGAAUGCGCUCGGAGUCGCGAAAUUGCUGCAGCAGAAGCGUGUUGUUGCUUCAGUCGGCUACUUUCUUCGCUACCUCAAGCCCGUACAGAAGAUCAAGGAACUCAUCGAUGCCAACGGCUUGCAUGUCAUGGCGACGACAGCGCGCUACUCUGCAUCUUAUGAGCACACGAAUAAGCUCGCUUGGUGGGACAAGUCUAAAGACUGCGGCCCGAUCGUCGAGCAAGCCACGCACUUUGCAGAUCUCUCUAGAUACUUUGGCGGCGACGUCGCGCUCGACACCGUGCAGGCUCACGCACUCGAGCAUUACGAAGAAGCUGGUCGUCUGAGCAAGAUUCCGAUUCCUGAAGAUAGCAUCCCACCAGAGCAACGUAUUCCCCGCGUGACGUCUGCCAUCUGGAAGUACACCACUGGCGCUGUCGGCACGCUGACACAUUCGCUUGUGCUGCAAGGCGCAAAGUACGAUACCGAGAUCGAAGUCAUCGCAGACGGAUGGAGCUUCCGAUUGGUUGACCCGUACGGCAAAGCAGAGCUACGCAUCCGUCGUCCUGGCUCCGAUGCCGAAGAGAUCCACAUGGAAAAGGACGACGACCCCUUCUUCACCGAGAUUGCGAGCUUCAUCGACGCCAUCGACCCAAGCAAUCCCAAAUCGAUCAAGAAAGCUCCGGAAGUCAUUGAAGAAUCCGACGAUGAAGCUAGCGAUGAAGGCGCCGCCACACCCAAUGAGUAUCUUGCCGAUACCGACAUUCUAUCAUCGUAUGAAGACGCGUGCAAGACCUACGAGCUCACUUGGCGCAUCAGGGAGGCAUCUGAACGGUCCCAGAAGAUGGGCGUCAUCGGUCAACAAUAAUGAAUCAGCCAGCGCUGCCCGCAUGAUGUUGUGAUCAGUCAGUCGCGUCUUGACGCGUCCGAGAUCGCCAGCGAUUAAUGCCUAGAAUUUGUCAAGUAACGAUAGGC